AUGAUUGCCGAACUCAUUAGCCAGUACUUGCCAACAACCCCAGGCUACUUGCCUAAAUGGAUCUUUUUUAUUUCCGUUGUUGCCAUCUUCAACUCCAUCCAAACAUAUACAAACCUCUCAUUGACAAAGAAGGUCUAUUCGAAUAAUCCUGCCGAAGUUACGCCCUUAAGUGCAAGGACUUUUGGUACAUGGACUCUUGUUUCGUCGAUUAUCAGGGCCUAUGCAGCUUACAAUAUUACUGAUGUGCACGUUUACAACCUGUGUAUUGUCUCCUAUGUAAUUGCGUUGUGGCAUUUUGGCAGUGAAUGGUUGAUCUAUAGAACAUGCAAAUUCGACAAAGGUCUCUUUGGUCCUUUGAUUGUCUCCACGUGUUCAAUUACAUGGAUGUUGAUGCAAAAAGAUUUCUACACGUCCCUUGUUUAA